GUAGAGACAUACUUGCUAAUAACACAACUGCCUUUGACCAGCUGCAAGUUUUCUAAGAAUGAAAAUCCGAAACUUAUGGAGAUCGAAGUAUUUAUACACAAUCAUAGUUUGUGUGAUUAUGGCAUCAUUCACUUUCACGCUGAUAGGAAAGCUAACCAAAGCCAAAACAAAGUGGGAAUCUCAAGAGGUACUAUCUCUUCUUAAACUUCUGCCAGAAGAAGAAUACAAAUCCAUGUUCCUAUUUGAUGGAAUGUGGCUAGGUCCAAAGAAUCACUGUAAGUGUUCCCAAAGCAGUAAACUGACUGUCUAUCAACUGGAAAACUAUAUAGAUAAGGAUAAACUUGAAUCCAUUAGACAAAGACGUGAGAAGGAAUUCAAACAUUAUCAGAGAAGGCAUCCUUCUGAGAGAAAAGAGGUACUUAUUGCUCAACCAAACAUUCCUUUAAGCUAUCCGAUUCAAGGAGCUGAGGUGAUGCCCUUGCACACCAUUGUAAUUCCAGGGCUGGGUUUCCAUGGAGCAAGUAAAGAAACUCUAAAGGUGAUUCUACAGGCAUCCUUUGGUAAUCUGAACACUCUUGCUGAUGUUUCUGAAGAGGUGGUACAAGGACGAGGGACAAAAGAGCUCAUCAUCACUACUUCCCACCUGAAGCUUUUGAAUCACAUCCUGGAACAUGCCACAUACACCAGUACAAAAUACAUACUAGAUGCAAUGGAUAUGGUGAACUUUACAAUAGGAACUUACCUUGUUAGAUUUCCUGUGACCAUUCGACAACUACACCUUCCUAAGCUGUUUGACCCAGGGGCAGAUAACAGCAUUAGAAAUAUGGUAACCAUCACAAUAAAAGCAUUUUUACGCUACCACAAGCUGCGGAUCCUCCUGAAAAGCGUAAAACAGUACUAUCCGGAUAUAACAAUAAUUGUGGCAGAUGACAGUGAGCAUCCAGAGAAGAUUGAAGAGGAGAAUGUUCAGCAUUUCAUUAUGCCCUUUGGAAAGGGCUGGUUUGCAGGGAGGAACCUUGCAAUCUCACAAGUCACAACCAAAUACUAUCUUUGGCUGGAUGACGACUUCAUCUUCACUGAAAAAACAAAGAUUGAGAAACUUGUGGACGUGUUGGAGAACAGCAACCUGGAUGUGGUUGGAGGCAGUGUGGCUGGAAAUGAAUUUAAGUUUAAGAUCUUCUAUGAGGAAGGAGAAGAUAGCAGCUGUUUGCACCUCAGAAGUGGCUUCUACCACCGCUUGGAAGGCUUCCCCAACUGUGUGGUGACUAGCGGUGUAGUCAAUUUCUUCCUGAGUCAUACAGAAAAAAGCAGGCGUGUUGGGUUUGAUCCUAAGCUGCAGAGGGUGGCUCACUUAGAAUAUUUUAUGGAUGGACUGGGAAGCUUGCGGGUUGGCUCCUGCAGUGAUGUUAUCGUUGGUCACCAAUCACACCAAACUUCCACCAACGUACAAGAAGCUAAUGUUGAAAGAAUGUACCAUAGAUUCCGGGUUCCCACUGAGAAAGAAGUUAAGUUUAAACUGGGUUUACAUUACUUCAAGAACAGAAUGAAGUGCUAUACCAAGGGGUGAUUGCCUCUUCCAGCUCUACACUCUGAAUAGUUUUGGACUGGACUCAGCAGCUUUAAUUAUUUUGUUUUAGGAGCUGUUCCCUCUUGUUGACAAUUCCAUGCUUUACAGAUGUUCUAAACUCAGAAAAUGAAAGUCUGCUUUACAAUGCAUUUUGUGGAUCUUCUAUAUUAUGGAAGUUCUAACAGAAGAAUUCUCCCUUGCCCCAGCUCCUUAUAUGUUUAACUCAACAAAUAUGCAGAUUAUUGUGACAAAAAGGGAGGCCAAUGUCUAUUUGCUUCUGGAAAAGGAACUGUGAUAACCCAGUGUGACCUGUGACAAAGUCUUGCAGUAUGAACUGCUCUUGUUCAAGAUUUUCUAUUUCCUCUACCUUCUGGUCUUCUUCCCCAACCACCUGUUAGCCUUUCAUGCCCUAUUUUUAAAUAGUUCUUCAAAUCUUGGGAGUUCCUCCAAUCUGCAGGUGCCUCAUUUGUACAUGGAAAAUUAAGAUUGCUUCUGUCCUUUUCUUUUAAGAUGAAUACAUGUAGGAAUUUAGGAAUUUCUUAGGCAAUUAUUGUUUACCUGUGAAUACACAUUUUAACACUGUAGUACAGCACAGUCCAGUCCAGUUGUACAUGCCACCACUUGUCUUCUAGAGCCUUGCCCAAUUUUGCUUGCAAUUUCUAGCCAGAGAGCUAUCAGAGAUGCCUUAUUUAAUGUCUUAAAUGCCUCUCAGGAAAAGGACAGAAUUCCUCAAUGUUUACAGGAUGCAUUAUUAGACUGCUUCUACAGAGCUCUGCAUUGAAUCUCCUGGAGAAUAGCAAUUUAAU